AUGCCUGCUCUGGAAUCAUUCAGCCUGCUCAAUGGCUCUGGAAUCUGCCCCGUCUCCACCUCCAUGACCAGCACCCUCAUCCAGGCCCCUCCUCUCUCAUCUGGGCAGCUCCCUCGUCGGGCUCAGUGGAAGCACCAGCUUAUGCCUCAGUGGCUGCCCAAGCCUGGGCAAGUGCUGUUGACAAGCUGUACAUGGCCCACAUGUACAGCUGGUAACCUCCUCUUUUCUUUCCCUCUGGGUCAGAUGAUGUGCUCCCUGUCCUACCUCCUCCUCCUGCCGCUGGGCGUCUGCUUUCCUCUAGCGGACAGAGAAGAGUCUAGAGACACCCUGGGUGACAUCAGAACCAAGAAGAGCUGGGCUGACCUGGCCCAGGGAAGCCGACCUAACUUUGUAUGGGGCUCCUCUCGGCAGCCAAGAGCUCCUCAGCCGCUGGCCUUGCUCGUCAUAGCCAAGGAGCUGCAGACGUCAGGCAAAGAGCGUGCUGGCUUCAGGUUCCGGUUCGGGAGGCAGGAUGACGGCGGUGAGGCCACCAGCUUCCUCUCAGCUGACGGUGAGAAGGCCAGUGGUCCACUGGGAAACCUAGCCGAGGAGCUCAAUGGCUACAGUAGGAAGAAAGGGGGCUUCAGCUUCCGCUUUGGCCGGCGGUAA